CUCCUCCGGGAGCCCGUCGCCGCGGCCAUUGGCAGGGCGCGGGUGGCGCUGCCAUGGCGCUUUCCGCGGCGCCCCUCAGGGUCUGCAUCGUGGGCUCGGGGAACUGGUUUCACUGUGUGCUGUUCUUGGGGAGAAAAUGAGGCUAAAUAAUGGAAUUGUCUGCCUGCAAAUUCAGAGGAUGCUGUUGCAACAGUUAAAUUCUGUGAGGGGUUCUGCGGUUGCCAAAAUAAUAGGCAAUAAUGUAAAAAAAUUGCAGAAGUUUGCUUCCACAGUGAAGAUGUGGGUCUUCGAGGAGAAUGUUAAUGGGAGAAAACUGACAGAUAUCAUAAAUAAUGAACAUGAAAAUGUAAAAUAUCUCCCCGGCUACAAGCUGCCAGAUAAUGUGGUUGCUGUCCCAAACCUUAAUGAAGCUGUACAGGAUGCAGACUUGCUGGUUUUUGUCAUUCCUCAUCAGUUCAUUCAUAAAGUCUGCGAUGAAAUCACAGGACGAGUACCCAAGAAAGCGCUUGGUAUAACUCUCAUAAAGGGAAUAGAUGAAGGCCCAGAGGGACUCAAACUGAUCUCUGACAUUAUUCGAGAGAAGAUGGGAAUAGACAUCAGUGUGCUGAUGGGAGCUAACAUUGCCAAUGAGGUGGCAGCAGAGAAAUUCUGUGAAACCACAAUAGGCAGCAAAAUCUUGGAAAAUGGCCUUCUUUUCAAAGAACUCCUGCAGACUCCAAACUUCCGAAUAACUGUAGUAGACGAUGCAGAUACGGUUGAGCUUUGUGGUGCUCUGAAGAAUAUAGUAGCAGUAGGAGCUGGGUUCUGUGAUGGCCUUUGCUGCGGUGACAAUACCAAAGCUGCUGUUAUUCGCCUUGGCCUAAUGGAGAUGAUUGCGUUUGCCAGAAUUUUUUGCAAAGGACAGGUGUCUACUGCCACUUUCCUGGAAAGCUGUGGAGUUGCUGAUCUCAUCACAACGUGUUACGGUGGCCGGAAUCGACGUGUAGCAGAAGCGUUCGUUAAAACUGGAAAGUCUAUUGAAGAAUUGGAGCAAGAGAUGUUGAAUGGCCAGAAACUGCAAGGGCCACAGACUUCUGCAGAAGUGUAUCGCAUCCUCAAGCAGAAAGGAAUGCUGGAAAAGUUUCCACUAUUCACUGCUGUGUAUCAAAUCUGCUAUGAAGGGAAGCCUGUCAGAGAGAUGAUAUCCUGCCUUCAAAGUCAUCCAGAGCACAUAUAAAAUCAAUCAGGCCAUCGUACUAAUCCAGCUUUCUGCCUUUCAAAUUUAUAUCUGAGUUCAAGUGGAUGUAUCAUUAAGCUUCAUUCAAAGCUGCUCACUAGGCAACAGUAACAAGAUGAAUGUCUCUGAAUGGGUAUUGUUUUUUGUUAUACAGCCUAGUUUGACAUAGCAUGUAGUGUUGGCUUGGUGACUGUUGUUUUACUGGCUAAAAUACAGCUGGUUUAAGACACGCAAUGCAAAAGUUGUCCUACAUAUCUAGUGUAUAUACACAAGUGUACUUUGUGUGUGUUCCUACACCAUUAAACACAAUGUGUUGUUGUCUCUUAUUAAGGCCUAGUCCAAAAUCCACCAGACACUGUGGGAAGAAUCCCAGUGGUUUUGAUGGAGACUGAAUCAAGCCUGUAACCUUGAAAUAUUAGGAGUCUUUCUAUUAGAAGUUGGUUUUAUUCCGUAUACACAAUGAAAUUUUAACAUUUUGCAUGCUUAAGAUUAUAUUAAUUUAAGCAAUAUUAAUGCAAAACGAGUGGUAGCAGUUAUUCAGGGGGCUACAGGGAUAUUUUAAUGAACUCUGGUGAAGAAUAUUUUGAUUUUUGAAAGUCUUUAAAACUGUCAGACUAUUUUGAAACCAAUUUCUAAGUGAAUUUAAAGUUUUUAAUUACACUGUUUUAAAGGGAAUAUGCUAGAUGGGGAUCAUUACAUCCCCUUCUGUUUUUUAAUCCUUGCAUUUUUGUAUUUCUCUGUUUCUCCCUUACUGUUCCCAGGUGCUAGGCUCUUCCAAAAUCCCAUUCCCCAAAACAAGUGGGAGAUGUUGACCUGGGGAUUCUGAACCCUGGAGCCUAGGGUUCAUUUUAGUGUUGUACCUGUUGUCAUUCUUCACUGGUAUUGUUUGGUGGGUGGGGAAGGAUAUUCUUGGGUAUCCACUGCUCAAAAUUGUCAUGCUGUGUUUCUAGCUUAACCAUCAGCUACAAAGUGUUGCACUCCAUGCAAGACUCCAAGGAAUGUUUGGGGAAUUCCCUGGUAGAUCAUGCUUGUGUUGUCAAAAGUGUUAUGUGCCAGUACACUGACCGCAUUCAUUUCAGUGCCUGCCAGUGACUGACAUGUCAACUGGACUGUAGUCCUGAACCAGCCUCUCCAGAGAAAUGAUGAAUUCUGAAGUUAUUCUUUUCACUGGACAAAACUUUAAUGGGUGCUGGAGCAAGUCCUUUAUGACCAAGCUCCCAGAAAGCUUCUCAAAGGCAUCUGUCUCUUAUAUUCCCCAGGUAUCUCAACUUGGUUUUUUCAGGCACCUUUCCUUUAUCAGGGAGGUUAAUUUUAUUUAUUAUUGGAAAAUUUGUGAUUUCAUGGAGUUUGGGGGUGGGGUUGGCUUGGUUGGGUUCUUUGGGACUUCUUUUAAGAAGGUUGAUGCAAGAGAAGAUAGAUAAAUCAAAUCUGUCUUGCUUUUCUUUUAUAGUAAACUGUAAUUUUUUUGGUAAAAUAUAUGCUGGGUACAUAAAGAGUGGACUUAUUCUUGCAGCUGGGAGACAAGGGUUAGCACUGCGAUGUACAGAGCUCAACAAGAAUGUCCAUCCGCUCUGAAUAUCCACUCCAAACCUCUGAGCAGUAUCAGAACUGUUGUUCACUGUUCUCAGUGAUGUUUUUAGACCAGAAAUCAUGAGCACAAACCCAUCCUGAAGAUUUAAGUUGUCAUUCAAAACUUGCUAAAACAAAGGGGAUGCCUGGGAAUAAUUGUUGUAUUUAGUUAAGUGUCCUGGAUUACUCUGAAAUAGGCGAGCAUUGGGCCAGCUUUGUGUAGACAGGAAGACGCUUCAGUUCAGAGGUACCAUUUCUUGUGCUCCUAUAAUGCUUUGUAUUAAUUUUUGGAAGAUCUUGUGAAUGUCAUCAGAUAUUCAUCGAUGAGAAAAGUUAUUUUGCCUUAUUUCUGAUUUAGUGCUAAAUAUAACAGAUGGCUAGAAGUUAAGUAACAUCAGGUAUUUGUGUCAAUUGAGGAAAUCACUGGUAGAGCUGACUUGGAGUAAGCACUCUGCUUAGACAAAAGGAUGUGUUAAGAUUGGAAGCACUGUUACACUAACGCACACGUGGAGCGUACACUCCUCAUUACUGCAUAACUUUCAGUGUGUCUGCUUAUGCUUCGUGUUGUUUUUUUUAAUACCAAGCUGAUUGGCUUUGCCUUUAUAUGUGUAUAUAUACAUAUAUAUAUAUAAAUAAACUUUUUUUUACAUGCAGUAUGUAGAACAGUAGCAUUUUGUAAGAUACAUAAAGGGCUAUAUGAGCUAAAUGUGGUAAAUUAAUAUAUAUUUUAAGAUGAUUUCUUUAUUAUUCCAAUACUACUUCUACCACUGAAACCCCAAAAUCUUAAUUGUUCUUGUUUUGUACGGAAGCCUAUUCUAAGGCAAAUCUAGAAAAAAGGUUUUUAUGGAAUUCUUUCCUCCAGUCUGUAAUGAUAUUCUUGUUCUUUUCAGACAAAAAGUGAAGUUUCAGUAACUAAAAUAAAUUAUUUAAAUUUCUAUAGAUACUUCACCAUGUGUAUUUGCUUUUCAGCGCUUGAGAACAUUCAGCUUGGCACUAGAUAUUUUUCCCCCACUAAUAUUUGCUGCUCAUUAAAAGACUGUGAUAUGAUACUGGAACUGAAUGAUUGGAAUCCUGUUCUACAAACACUCUGUUUUGCCUAGUACUGGGAUAGUCUUACUGAAAACAUUAGCCCCUGUGUAAGGGGUCGUAAAUGUGUAACUAGUUCUUGAUUUAUGAACAUUAAUUACUAAGGAAGGCAUUAUCUUCUAAUGAUACAUACUCAACUUGCCCUAGACGUGUACUGAUUUUGUUUAAAGAUUGUGAAUGUAUACCCAUUUGAAGAGUUAGUACAAAUAAACAUUUUUGUCUUCGGAA